UAGAGCGAUUCAAAAAUCGGCACGGCCUGUGUAUGAAGAAAAUCAGCGGAGAAGCAAACUCCGUAGACAAGACCGAUGCAGCGUACACCAUGUGGCAGUCCCGGCUACAGACUAUCCUAGAGACUUACACUGCCGACGACAUUUUCAACGCCGACGAGACGGCCAUUUUCUACAGGGCACUGCCAGAGAAGACUUUAGAGUUUAAGUCAAUAGCGUGUCACGGCGGAAAGGCAAGCAAGGAACGGCUGUCGGUCAUGGUCUGUGCCAAUAUGAGCGGCACAGAAAAGUUGCCUCUGCUGAUCAUCGGCAAGUCCCUGAAGCCUCGCUGUUUUCGGAGCAUCCAUCAUCUACCGACCACCUACCGGGCAAACAAAAAGGCGUGGAUGACGUCACACGUGUUCACCGAAUGGCUGAGGACCCUCGACGAGAAGAUGUUCCGAAAACGUCGCAAGAUCGCCAUGAUUGUAGACAACUGCCCCGCCCACCCGGACGUCUCAGACCUGAAGGCUAUACGUCUCGUCUUCUUGCCACCAAACACCACCAGCAUCACGCAGCCGAUGGACCAGGGCGUGAUCAAGAACCUCAAGAUCCACUACAGAAAACGUGUUGUUUCCAAGAAGCUGGUGGCCAUUGAGAACAACAACACGGUGGUCAUUACCGUCCUGGACGCAAUGUUCAUGCUCAGAGAAGCCUGGGAUAGAGUCACACCAGCGACUAUUGCUUACUGCUACAAACACGCCGGUUUCAGCGCAGACCCGACGGCAAUCAACGAGUUGGACUCGGACCAGGAAGACCCCGAGGACGACAUCCCACUGGCACAGCUGAUCCUUGCCUAUGGUUCUUCAGUCAACAUCAGCGAGUUCGUCGACUUCGACAGGGAUCUCACCUCGACAGAAUCACUGACGGAUUCCGACAUCAUCAGCGACGUCAUCAAUUCCAAGACAGCACCAACCGAUGAGUCCGACGAAGAUGAUAAGGAUCCUGCACCAGUGCCUGUCACUGCGAGCGAGGCACUGAAGGCAUGUGACUUAAUCAGGCGCUAUCUUCAGCAGAUCUCUUGGCACUCCGACGGCCAGAGGAAGGCCGCCGACGUGGAAUUGAUUGUUCAGAGACAAUUUCUGCAGAGUGUCUGUUCUAAGCAGAAGGGCAUAACUGAAUUCUUCAAGCCUGUAUCUAGAUCUGGGGAUGUUGAGUAA